CCACGUGACUCCGUUUAUUGAAAAAAGAUCCCUCUUGUGAUCGUGGUAACAACGCGCCUUUAUAAGCGACGAUUCAUUUGCUGGUAUCUGUAUCCAGCACUUUCAUCAACAACCGCCAUCAGGAGCCAUCAGGCCACCCUCAAUCUUCUUCCCCCAACUCCAAGCUACUCCAAGCCUCUCUAUAAGCGUAUACUCAAACACAAUGUCUGGCCGUGGAAAAGGUGGAAAGGGUCUCGGAAAGGGCGGAGCUAAGCGUCACCGUAAGAUUCUUCGUGAUAACAUCCAAGGUAUCACAAAACCCGCUAUCCGUCGUCUCGCCCGUCGUGGUGGUGUGAAGCGUAUCUCCGGUCUCAUCUACGAAGAAACCCGUGGUGUGCUCAAGAUCUUCUUGGAGAACGUCAUUCGUGAUUCUGUCACCUACACUGAACACGCUAAACGUAAAACCGUUACUGCGCUCGACGUUGUGUAUGCCUUGAAGCGUUCAGGUCGUACGCUUUAUGGAUUCGGUGCUUAAUCGCCGUAGGUGGUUUUGUGAGUCAUUUUUGGAGGACUUCGUCGUCGUUGUCGUUGGGUGUUUUUCUGAACUUGUUUCUGCCAGAUGGUUUGGUCAUCAUGUCUAUUUUAUUAUUAUUUCGUUUGUUUUGUACUACUAUGUAGAACUGUAUGAAUCCAUGCAUAAUUAUGUUCA